AUGUCGUGGAGAUCUGCUGAUGAAAGCAGCCCCAACGGGAAGGAUGGGAAACUAAAAACGGAGGCUGCAGGAAGCAAGGCUGAAACAGAAACUCAUGAAACCCUGGCGAUGAAGCUGCAAAAUGCAAGCAAUUCAGGAAAAGAUAGUGAUUUCAAGAUAUUCCCAAGGCGAAAAGGGGGACAACAAAAGAAAAACAACGACAGUGCACCAGUGGUUAUCACCGCAGAGUUGCUCGAGACUUGUUUCGAGAUGCCACUUGUCGCAGCAGCGAACAAAUUGGGAAUUUGUGCGACGGCUCUGAAAAAAGUUUGCCGCAAACUAGGCAUCCACAAAUGGCCUUAUAAGGAAAUGAAGCCAAGCCUUUCUCUUUGCCGAAAUCAGGUCGAGUGGUACAAAGUCGGAUCUUCAAGGAGCAAAGACCAUGACCAUAGGCAGUUUGACCAGUCCGGAAAAUCGAAAGUUCGAGGGCAGCAGUUCGAAACUACUGUCUAA